UCAGAGUCUUUAAAAGCUACUUUCAGCUUUCUCGUUAGAAUUAUGAAAAGCUGAAAACUUAUUUUUUGAUUCGCGUGCUGUACUUAAAUUAAAUUGUUUAUUGUGUUAUUUGUUACAUUGACGCUGGACAGACUACGUGCAAUAUUACGUAUUCGCUUGCACGCGUCGCUCGCUGUCACUGAACUACCCGAUUGUGUUUUUACCAUCUGGAACGGGGAACCUGAACGCGUACGCCAUACGGUGACAAAAUGGUCGACGAAGCAACUAAAAAGACCCUCAGCCAAAUUCCAUUGUUAAAGACCAAUGCAGGACCUCGGGAAAAGGAUUUAUGGCCACAGCGGAUGAAGGAAGAGUUGCUAUCGCUUAUCAAAUACGUGGAGAAUAAUAAAGCUGCGGACAACGACUGGUUUCGUUUGGAGUCUAACAAAGAAGGCACCAAAUGGUUUGGAAAGUGCUGGUACAUCCAUCAGCUGCUUAAAUACGAAUUCGAGAUCGAAUUUGACAUUCCAGUAACUUAUCCUGGCACUGCGCCCGAGAUUGCCAUUCCUGAGCUGGAUGGGAAGACAGCGAAAAUGUAUCGCGGAGGGAAGAUUUGUCUGACGGAUCAUUUUAAGCCGCUUUGGGCCAAGAACGUUCCAAAGUUUGGCAUUGCUCACGCACUGGCGCUGGGAUUGGGCCCCUGGCUAGCCGUGGAAGUUCCGGAACUCAUAGAGCGUCAGGUCAUCAAGAAUAAAGAAGGAGGAGAUGCGGAAUAGCAUCUGUUUAUCAGGGAUGCAUCUGUUUAUCAAUUUAUGGCGACAUAUCAGGAUUCGGGAUAGUUAUUUUUAUUUUUCUGUUUUGAGAUCUUUGUCACCUUCUGAAGAUAUUUAUGCUGCUGUCGCAUGAAUGCUGCAGCGAUAAAAAUAUCUGAUUUUAAUGGUAAACAUUUUGUGUAGGUCUGUUGAAAUCUUUUACAUCCGACUCAGGAGACUCCAGAAACGAAACGAUUAAAGUGCGCUCUCACAGCUGA